UGAACAAUUAAAUCUUAAGUUCCUAUCCACACUCCCUGCCAACUCUCAUAAGUUCUCUCUUUUUCUCAUUCAAUUUUCUCUGUUUUUUUCUUCAUUAGCAAAAAUUCCAUUUUGAUUCAGGAUUGGAUCAUAUCACAAUGGCUCAUAAAAGAGCAUGCUAUUGCCUCUCAAUGUUCUUUAUGUUGGCAAUUUGUAUUGUGCCAUCAUUGGGAGAAACAACUGGUCAAAUUUUGAUGAGGUUCAAAAACUCCUUGUCCAAUGACAAUGCUUUGAGUAACUGGGGUGAUGAGUCUAAUUUGUGCAACUGGGCUGGUUUGUUAUGCGCCAACCAGAUAUUUUAUGGCUUGAGAUUAGAGAAUAUGGGACUAGGUGGGAAGGUUGAUGUAGACACCUUGUCUGAACUCUCAAAUUUGAUGAUUUUUAGUGUCAUGAUCAAUAGAUUUGAGGGUCCAUUGCCUGAAUUCAAAAAGCUUGUGGGGCUAAGGGGAUUGUUUCUGUCUAAUAACAAUUUUUCUGGUGAAAUUCCAGAUGAUGCUUUUGAGGGCAUGGAAAAUCUUAAAAGGGUAUUCAUGGCAGAAAAUGGGCUCACCGGUCAUAUUCCUAAGUCCCUUGCUAACUUGCCUAGGCUUUCAGAUUUGGACUUGCAUGGGAAUAGUUUUGGAGGAAACAUACCAGAAUUUCAAGUAAAAGAUUUCAGAGUAUUUAAUUUAUCAAGCAAUCAAUUGGAGGGUGCAAUACCAGCAAGUUUGAGCAACGAGGAUCCAAACUCAUUUGCUGGCAACAAAGGUCUUUGUGGAAAGCCUCUGAGCAACCCCUGCAACAAGACCCCCAACAAAUCAGAGGUGCCUCCCAAAUUUGAUGGCCAAGUGGGCAAAAGAGAUUGAGGACAUUAAGGGAGAGGCGACAAGAAGUAUGAAGCCAGAUUUGAGAAGGCUCUAGAUUAGGUCAACGCACUCUAUCCUAAAAGAACAAUCAUUUCUUCACACCUUAUGUUAGUGAGGCCAAUAUUCUCAAAGUUAUCUAGGACGGCAAAACUGGUUGAACUUUCUUAAUUUGUUUUUAUUUUGAAGUGUAUCUUGAAGUGCCUAUGGACAUCUUUUAUUUUGAACAAUGUUUGUUUUCGUGCUGUGGUGGCUGAUCUUGACCA